AUGUCUGAUUCUCGAGGUUGGCAACGAGGCCGUGGUCGCGGCGGUGACCGUGCCAGAGGUGACCGUGGUCGGGGAGGAGGCGGUGACCGCGGUCGUGGAGGUUAUCGUGGCGGCGGCGGCGGCGGAGGUGGUGGUGGUCGUGGAGGUGGAAGCGGCCGUGGCUCUUUCGAUCUUCCCUUCCGUCCUGGAGACGAUGGGAGGGGCGAUGGCAGGGGCGAUGGCAGGGGUCGUGGUCGUCCCAGAGGUUCCGAUGCAUUUCGUGGCGGUCGCCCGCCACGCGGCGGAAAAGCUGACUACAACGGCCCGGAGGUCUUCUCCCCCGGCGGAAACCUCAAACCCAGCUCCCAGGUCGAAGAGAAGGAGGAUGCGAUGAUGAACGCAUUGGUCAAGGCACCGCCCUCGCCCAAAGACAGCAAAUACCCCCGCCGUCCCGGCUACGGUACGAAGGGAACGAGAGUCGACUUAUUCGCCAACUAUCUUCAGCUCAAGUCGAUCGGCAAAACCCUCCACCGCCAUCGCGUCGAAAUUCUCGAAGACCAGUCCGUCAGGAGGCCUACCGGCAAGAAGGCGAAGCAAGUCAUCAAACUGUUGAUUGAGGAGCAUUUUGCUUCGCAGCGAAAUGGCGUUGUCACCGACUUCGUCUCCACUCUCAUCUCCCGGGAUAAGCUUCUGGAGGAAGGCGAGAAUGAGCACACGUAUGACGUCCGCUACCGGGAUGAAUACGACGAUGAAUAUCCAGAGCCAUCAAAGGUCUAUCGGGUGAAGUGCCAGCACACCGGCACUCUCGAACCGUCCGAUCUCUUGGACUACUUGACCUCAGCCAAUGCGACAAAUAUGUUCGACAGAAAGCCAGAGAUUCUCCAAGCUAUGAACAUUGUCCUGGGCCAUCAGCCCAAAAUCGACCCGAACAUUUACUCAGUGGGUGCCAAUAGACACUUUGCCAUCGCUCAGGGUCAGAAAGAGGGUUACAACCUCGGAGAUGGGCUCGAGGCUCUUCGUGGAUUUUUUGUGAGCGUCCGUGCUGCAACUAGUCGCCUGCUCGUCAAUGUUCAAGUCAAAUAUGCGGCCUGCUACCAGGAGGGCGCGCUAGCGGACUUGAUAACCAGUUAUCAGCCCAACCGUUUCGAGUUCCACUCCCUGCAACGUUUCUUGAAAAACUUGAGAAUCCGGGCAACACACAUUGAACGCAAAAACAAGCAGGGAGUAAUCAUCCCACGUUUCAAGAGAAUCGCUAGUCUGGCUAACACGGGAGAUGGCGCAUCGCUGCCACAUCCUCCGACGGUCCCUCGUCUGGGAGCCGGUCCCAAUGAUGUGAAAUUCUGGUUGGACGAAGCUGGCCAACAGUCAUCGCAGCAGCAGUCCGCAUCCUCGAAGAAGAAGGGCAAAAAGCCAGCCACAGCUGGGCCUCCGCCGGCUGGAAGAUACAUCAGUGUGGCGGAAUUCUUCAACGAGCGUUACAAUAUGACAAAUCUAGAUCCCCGAAUGCCAGUGAUGAAUGUCGGGACUCGCGAGAAUCCUAGCUAUUUACCCGUCGAAGUCUGCAACGUCGAACCUGGGCAGCAAGCUAAGACCAAGCUGAGCCCCUACCAGACAAGGGAAAUGUUGAAAUUUGCAGUCAAUGUUCCGCCAGUCAACGCUCAGUCAAUUGUGAAUAAUGGAACUCGCAUCCUCGGGCUCAGUGCUGCUUCAAAUGCUACUUUGAAAGAGUUUGGUAUCCAAGCAGAUCCCCGACUCAUCACAGUACCCGGCCGCAUCCUUGAGGCCCCUCAGAUCUUCUACAAAGACGCAAACAACAAAGAGAAGAGACUCUCGUCCAGCGGUGGCAGCUGGAAUAUGAGGUCUAUCAAAUUCUCAAUCGGCUCAAGCUUAGGUUCCUGGGCCUGGCUUUUCUUGGACUCCAGCCCAACUAGAGCCCCCACGCGUGAGGUACUGGGGGCCGCCCUGGAACAUUUUGUGACGAAGCUGAGAGAGGUCGGGGUUCAGGCUAAUCCCCCUCAAGGCGGAGAGCGCGUCGUUCUCGCUCGCGGUGACGUGGAUGAUCAGAUUGGUGGCGCUGUCAAGAGACUGAUGGCCGCUCAUAAGCCUACCAUGAUUCUUGGUAUUCUUACCGACCAAAGCACGGAAGUUUAUAACUGCAUGAAGCGAGUCUGUGACGUUCGGGAGGGUGUCCGCAAUGUGAAUGUGCUUGUUAAAAACUUCACGACUGACAAGGGCCGCGAACAAUACCUCGCCAACGUCGGUCUGAAGGUCAAUCUGAAGCUCGGGGGUGCGAAUCAGCUGAUUCCUAGAGAGCUUGGGAUAGUGAGCAAGGGCAAGACUAUGCUUGUUGGUAUCGAUGUGACCCACCCCUCUCCCGGGUCAUCCUCAAAAGCCCCCAGUGUUGCGGGAAUGGUUGCCUCGAUUGAUUCCUACUUGGGUCAAUGGCCAGCAGAACUUCGGAUCCAAACAUCGCGCCAAGAAAGGGUCAGUGAGUUGGACACGAUGCUGAAAGCUCACCUCGGUCGGUGGGCUAAAACCAACAAGGGUCAGUAUCCGGAUAAUAUUAUUGUCUACCGCGACGGAGUCUCUGAAGGGCAGUAUGAAAUGGUUGUCGAAGAAGAACUACCCCUCCUCAAAAGCGCUUGCAAGCAGCUGUACCCAGCAACGGAGCAUGCCAAAGGGCUACCACGGAUCUCGGUCGUGAUUGUGGGCAAGCGGCAUCACACGCGUUUCUAUCCUACGCGUAAAGAGGACGCCGAUGGCCACUUGAAUCCUAAGAAUGGUACUGUGGUCGACCGCGGUGUGACGGAAGCCCGCAACUGGGAGUUCUACCUACAGGCUCACACUGCUCUCAAGGGCACCGCUCGCCCGGCACACUAUUUUACUGUUUGGGACGAGAUCUUCUGUCGAGAGAAACCCAAGGAAGGACAGAACACAGCUGACAUCCUGGAAGACCUCACGCACAAGAUGUGCUAUCUGUUCGGACGGGCGACCAAGGCCGUGAGCAUCUGCCCUCCUGCAUAUUAUGCCGAUCUGGUCUGCGAGCGAGCGCGAUGCUAUUUGUCUGAUCUGUACGAUGCGACGCCGACCGGUAGCGUUGUCACCGGCGGUGGUGGGGGUGGUGCUCAUGCCGUGGACGGCGGCAGGGUCACCAUCCAUCCCAACGUCAAGGAUACGAUGUUCUACAUUUGA